AUGGAAGCGCCGCCGGCGGCCGCCCCGCCGGGCCCCGGAGCGGCCGAGCUGGCCAAGGAGAGCGAGCGCCAGCUGCGCCUCCGCCUCUGCGUCCUCAACGAGAUCCUGGGCACCGAGCGGGACUACGUGGGCACCCUGCGCUUCUUGCAGUCGGCGUUUCUGCACAGAAUUAGGCAGAAUGCUGUGGACAAAGCUGAAAAAUACAUCACAGAGGAAAAUGUCAAGAUUUUAUUUUCCAACAUAGAAGACAUACUUGAUGUUCACAAGGAGUUCCUGACUGCCUUGGAAUUUUGUUUAGAUCCGGAACCUCAAUCUCAGCAUGAACUAGGAGAUGUUUUCUUAAAGUUUAAAGACAAGUUCUGCGUUUAUGAGGAAUACUGCAGCAACCACGAGAAAGCGCUCAGGCUCCUCAUGGAACUGAACAAGAUCCCGCCUGUCAGAGCGUUCCUCUUGAGCUGCAUGCUUUUGGGAGGGCGGAAGACAACAGACAUUCCACUUGAGGGUUAUCUGCUAACUCCAAUCCAGAGAAUUUGCAAAUAUCCACUUCUCCUGAAGGAACUAGCUAAGAGGACGCCUACUAAACACCCGGAUUAUCAAGCUGUCCAGAAUGCACUGCAGGCAAUGAAGACGGUUUGUACCAACAUCAAUGAGACCAAGAGGCAGAUGGAGAAGUUGGAAGCUCUCGAGCAGCUGCAGUCUCACAUUGAAGGAUGGGAGGGAUCCAACUUGACAGACAUCUGCACCCAACUCCUGCUCCAGGGUACCUUGUUAAAAAUCUCAGCAGGGAACAUCCAGGAGAGAACGUUCUUUCUCUUCGAUAACCUUCUGGUCUACUGCAAGCGGAAAUCCAGAGUUGCUGGGAAAAAGACGUCUAAACGUACCAAGUCAAUCAAUGGAUCCCUCUAUAUCUUCAGGGGACGAAUAAACACAGAAGUCAUGGAGGUUGAGAAUGUGGAAGAUGGAACUGCAGAUUACCACAGCAACAAUUACACAGUGACAAAUGGCUGGAAGAUACACAACACUGCCAAAAACAAAUGGUUCGUCUGUAUGGCCAAGACUGCUGAGGACAAACAGAAGUGGCUGGAUGCUAUAAUCAAGGAACGGGAGCAGAGAGAGAGUCUGAAGUUAGGCAUGGAGAGGGAUGCCUAUGUCAUGAUCGCUGAGAAAGGGGAGAAGCUGUACCACAUGAUGAUGAACAAGAAAGUGAACCUUAUCAAAGACAGGAGGAGAAAAUUAAGCACUGUUCCCAAGUGCUUUCUUGGCAAUGACUUUGUAUCUUGGCUUAUCGAAAUCGGAGAGAUAAGCAAACCAGAGGAAGGGGUCAACCUGGGACAAGCUUUGCUGGAAAAUGGUAUCAUUCAUCAUGUUUCAGAUAAGCACCAGUUCAAGAACGAACAGGUGAUGUACAGGUUUCGUUAUGAUGAUGGGACCUUUAAGCCAAGAAGCGAGCUGGAAGAUAUCAUGUCCAAGGGCGUGAGGCUCUACUGCCGGCUGCAUAGCCUUUACACUCCAGUGAUUAAAGACCGAGACUACCAUUUGAAGACCUACAAGUCUGUGAUUCCAGCAAGUAAGCUAGUGGAUUGGCUGAUUGCUCAGGGAGACUGUCAGACAAGGGAGGAAGCUGUCGCACUGGGUGUUGGACUCUGCAACAAUGGCUUCAUGCACCAUGUUCUUGAGAAGAGUGAGUUCAAAGAUGAGUCUCAGUACUUCCGCUUUCAUGCCGACGAGGAGAUGGAAGGCACGAGUUCCAAGAGCAAGCCGUUACGAAACGACUUCAAGCUUAUUGAAAACAUCUUGGCCAAGAGCUUGCUGGUUUUGCCAGAAGAGGAGGACUACGGCUUUGACAUAGAAGAAAAGAACAAAGUCCUUGUGGUGAAGUCUGUUCGUCGGGGGUCACAUGCAGAGAUGGCUGGCUUGCAGGUUGGACGGAAAAUCUAUUCCAUUAAUGAAGACCUAGUAUUCCUGCGCCCAUUUCAGGAAGUGGACACCAUCUUAAACCAGUCCUUCUGCUCUAGGCGGCCUCUUCGACUUCUCGUGGCAACUAAGUCUAAAGAGAUUAUCAAAAUCCCAGAUUGCAGCGAAAUGCUAUGCUUCCAGAUACGAGGAGCAGCGCCACCAUAUGUCCAUGCUGUGGGGCGAGGCUCGGAAGCUGCAGCGGUGGGGCUUCAUCCAGGACAGUGUAUUUUGAAAGUGAAUGGAAAUAGUGUGAUGCAUGAAAAUUACACUGAGGUUUUGGAGCACUUUACAGCAUACAGGAACAGACAGCAGGAAUUUCUGGGGUUGUACCAGUGGGUUUAUCGAACCCAUGAAGAUGCUGAGGAAGACAGAGCUCAGCAAUCAGCAUCCAGCUCCUACUUGAAUGGAAGCCAUUCUGAGUCUUGCAAAGGAGACCUUUCAUUUGAAGAAAAUGCAGAUCUUGAUCCCUUGAAUGACAGCCGGCAAGAAGAAGAAGAUAUGGCACUUCAUACUUUCGGCUCUCCUCUGGUCAUCAAUGAAGACACACCUCUCGUCAGCUUAACAGUGGACAAUGUACACUUGGAGCACGCCGUCGUAUAUGAAUACGUCAGCACUGCUGGGAUCAAAUGCUUUGUCCUGGAGAAGAUUGUUGAGCCAAAGGGGUGUUUCAACCUCUCUGCAAAGAUUUUAGAAACCUUUGCUACUGAGGAUAGCUGCUUUGUGAGGAACUGCAAGAGGCUCAUGGCCCUCUGUACUGUUGAGACCAUGCCACAAUAUGAAUUCUGGCAGAUUUGCGACACAAAGCUGGACAGUAUCAGCAGAAGGGUCGCCAGCUAUCAAGAGUUUGCAGAUGAGUUGAAAAUGAAGGUGAGCCUGUCCUUCAAACAGGCCAGAAUGGAGCCUCACCCCCUGAACAGCAUGGAUUUCUGCCCCACCAACUGCCACAUUAACCUCAUGGAGGUAUCGUACCCCAAAAACACUACCUCAAUGGGAAGGACGUUCAGCAUUCGCCUUGGACGGAAGCCUUCUAUUAUUGGCCUCGACCCAGAACAAGGUAACUUAAAUCCAGUCUCAAAUACUCAGCAUUGCAUAACCACCAUGGCUGCGCCUUCAUGGAACUGCUUGUCUCCAGAAGAUGGAGACCUCAGUCUCCACGGACAGUAUGAUGGAUGCUAUGGCCAAGAGAACGGAGGAAACACGCAGGAGGAAAGGGGGCUUAGCUUUCUGCUGAAACAAGAAGAUAGGGAGAUUCAGGACUCAUACCUACAGCUCUUCAACAAACUGGAUGUUGCCGUCAAGGAAAUGAAGCAAUAUGUCUUUCAGAUAAAUAAGCUUUUGUCUACCAUAACCGAACCCACAGCAGCCGGAUUGUGUGAACCUCCAUCCUCAGAGGAGACACCCCCAUCUUCCUUGGUAGCUGAGGAGAGUGAUAUUGACAAAGCUGAGCAUGGUGGGAAGAAGAAGGUUGGUUUCAAAGUAUCAGAGGAGGACCAGGAAGAUUCGGGACAUGAUACAAUGAGUUACAGAGACUCCUACAGCGAGUGUAACAGUAACCGGGACUCUGUGCUAUCCUACACCAGUGUCCGGAGUAACAGCUCCUACUUGGGCAGCGACGAGAUGGGAUCAGGUGAUGAACUUCCCAAUGACAUGAGGAUACCAUUGGACAAGCAAGACAAACUCCACGGCUGCCUUGAGCAUCUUUUUAAUCAGGUGGAUGCUAUCAAUGCCCUUCUCAAAGGACCAGUAAUAAGCAAGGCUUUUGAAGAAACCAGACAUUUUCCAAUGGACCACAGUUUGCAAGAAUUUAAACAGAAAGAAGAAACGACGAUUCGGAGCAGGAAUAAAAUUCAAGUCAGCAUCCAAGAAGACCCCUGGAACCUUCCACUCCGCAUCAAGAACCUGGUUGAAACUAUACAAAAAUAUGUGGAAGAUGGAAAGAACCAGUUGCUGUUGGCCUUGCUGAAAUGCACAGACACAGAUCUGCAGCUGAGACGAGAUGCCAUUUUCUGCCAGACCCUGGUGGCGGCCGUGUGCACGUUCUCUGAGCAGCUAUUGGGUGCUCUCAAUUACCGAUACAACAACAACGGCGAGUACGAAGAGAGCAGCAGGGAGGCCAGCAAGAAGUGGUUGGAGCAGAUCGCAGCCACCGGGGUGCUGCUCAACUACCAGUCCUUGCUCUCUCCCAGCGUGAAAGAGGAACGAACGAUGCUGGAGGAUAUCCAGGCCACCCUUUCAGAACUGGACAAGGUUGCCUUUUACUUCAAGCAACUGGAUGAGUGCUUUGUAGCAAAUACACACGUCUUCUAUCAUGUUGAAGGGAAUCGACAACUUCUAAAGGUUAUCUGUUACCUGGACAGCUACUACUUUUCCAAACUGCCUUCCCGAUUUCAGAAUGGAGGAAGCCUGAAGUUGCAUGCCGUGCUUUUUACAAAAGCCCUCGAAAACCUGGAAGGCCAGUCGCAGCCAGGUGGUUCAUCUCUGGAAGAGCUUCAGCAACAAAUUAAUUCCUCUUCUCUUGAGAAGGUGCAGCACUAUUAUCGCAAGCUCAGGGCAUUUUACCUUGAGAGAUCCAACUUGCCUACAGAUUCCAAUACUGCAGCUGUGAAGAUUGAUCAGCUGAUUCGUCCCAUCAAUGCAAUGGAUGAGCUGUGCAGACUGAUGAAGUCUUUUGCUACUUCCAAAGGUAGCCAGUCCAGCAGUUCUGUGUCAGGGGCCGGACUGCUGCCCAUAUCCUCAGAGCUCUGUUACCGUCUUGGAGCCUGCCAGGUCGUCAUGUGUGGCACUGGCAUGCAAAGAAGUACACUCAGUGUCUCGUUGGAGCAGGCAGCCAUAUUAGCUCGAAGUCAUGGACUCUUACCCAAGUGUAUUAUGCAAGCAACAGACAUAAUGAGAAAACAAGGACCAAGAGUCGAAAUCUCUGCGAAAAAUCUGAAAGUGAUGGAUCAGAUGCCGCAGUCUGCACCCCGAAUUUACAAGUUGUGUCAACCACCUUCAGACGGAGACUUAUAAAAAGAAGGAGGAGGAAACGCCUUGUCCUAGGAUCAUGGAA